UAUCAAUCAUUAUAUUUUUCUUUCUCUAUCAAACAAUUCAAUCAAAUACAAUCACAAUGCAGUUUUCAACUACUUUUUCACUCAUGACAAUGGUCGCCAUUGCCACUGCUGCCAAGUCUUUCGGACUCGUCACCAUCCACUCUGGCUCCAUGUUCCAAUACGCUGAAAUUAUCGGCCAUGACAACGAUCCUCUUCUCUAUGUGGGAAGCUCCAGUGGUUCUAAGACCGGUAACUUCGUCUUGAACGAUGAUGGUACCUUGAGCGACUGGAACAACAAGAAAAUCGGGAUCAACUCAUCUGGUGUUGCCGGUGAAGUUGGUAACGGGAUCUCGGAACUGAAGGACUUUGGUGUCUCCGAUGAGCACUUGACUUAUGGUGGCAAGGAAGUCUUUGUUGCUUGUCCAUCUGAAGAUCAAAAGGGUUAUGUCUUGUCUGUCAAGCAAUGUGACAAGGGUACUGGCGUAUCAUUGAGAGUGAUGAACUCCUCUGACGUUAAAGAAUCUUCUUCUUCUACCACACCAACCACCACAUCUACCGCCACCCCAUCCCCAACCACUUUAACUACCGCUGCUGCCCCAGCUGCCACUACUUCAUCCAGUGCCCCAGCUUCUGGUGAAUGUAACUUUGGAGUUGUCACCAUCAAAUCUGGCUCUCAAUUCCAAUACCAAGCUUUGAAGAAGGUUGACUCCCAUCCACAUGUGUUCUCCGUUGGUGGAUCUGAAGGAAGCGAAGUCUCCUUAACCCUUCAAAAGGAUGGCUCCUUGAAGGACCAAGAUGGUAGAGGUAUCUACGUCGACCCAUCCACUGGUGAAUUCGGUGAUGUUGACCCAUGGGGAAAGGAACAACCAUCUAAGUCUUUCUCCAUCAAGGACAGCCACUUGGUUUUUAACGACAAGGACAGCUUCUACGCUUGUCCAUCUGGCGACAACAAGUACUCUUUAUCCACCAAGGACUGUACUGGUGGUACUGGUAUUGCCUUGCACGUUGUUGACCAAAAGUGUGCUUAAGCCCUUCACUGCCCUUUCAUUGGUUUGCAAGUCAAAUCCUCAUAUAUCAUCAAUUUCAUUCUUUAGCAUUCAGACCUUUGAUAAGGUCUCCCCUUCAUUCAAUAAAUCAGACUUUC